GCCCACAAUGCCAUCUAAAUCGCCAGCCCAAACUCUCCUUGACAAAGCAGACAAGAAAGCCAACUCGUCAACAGGCUGGUUUUCCUCAUCGUCGACCAAAUUUGAAGAGGCCGGCGAUCUCUUCCAACAGGCUGCGAACUCCUUCAAGCUUGAGAAGCUAUUUAAGGAGGCCGGAGACGCCUUUGCACGGGAAGCAGAAUGUAGAGAGCAAUGCAAGGAGGCGAACGAAGCAGCGAACGCGUGGUGGAACGCCGCCAAGUCAUACAAGAGGGGGUUCCCUGAUCUCGCUAUCCAAGCCUUGACGCAGACUGUCGUCCAUCUCACGCAAGGUGGACGGUUUAGACAGGCUGCGGAUAGGGAGAAGGAAAUUGGACAGAUAUAUCUACAGGAAUCAAACGACCUACGAAAGGCUUGUGAAAGCUUCGAGAGGGCAGGUGACUGGUAUGCACAAGAGGAUGCUACAGCCACCGCCAAUGCCUGCUACAAGGAUGCUGCUGACCUCCACGCCGACCUUGAGGAAUAUCCUCAGGCGAUUGCUCGUUACGAGCAAGUUGCUAACCAUUCUCUUACAUCUGCUUUGACAAAGUACAGUGUGAAGGAGUAUUGGCUCAGAGCAGGACUUUCGGCGCUUGCGAUGAACGACACGGUGUCUGCGAAACGAAACCUCAUGAAAUAUUCAAACCAAGAUGCGACAUUUAGCUCGACACGCGAGGCCAAAUUUUUGAAUGCAUUGCUGGAGGCCGCAGAGGCGGGAGAUGCUGAAAUGUUCACGGGUGCCGUGGUGGAGUUUGAUCAAGUGACGAAACUCGAUAAUUGGAAGACCAAUAUUCUACUGAAGAUCAAGAGGGGAAUUCAAGAAGAGCCCGGCCUUACGUAGAAGACCUGGCGUACAUGUAGCUAUAGGACAAGCUGUAGGCGCGGGUCUAUUCGACGUUUAAAUCUCUAAAGCUUGUAGGAUCUAUGUAUUUGGACAUAUAAAUAAAGAUGUUUUUACUCG